AUGACGAACAACAUUGUGGUUCUGGGCGCCGGUGUGUCUGGCUUGACGACGGCGUACUUGCUGUCGCAAGAUCCAGCCAACAAGAUCACUGUGCUCGCAAAGCACAUGCCGGGAGACUAUGACAUUGAAUAUGCCUCGCCAUGGGCCGGUGCCGACUACAUGCCUAUGGGAAAAGAAGGGAGCGCCCACCAGGCCUGGGAACAGGCCACCUGGCCGGCAUUGAAGGAGCUGGCCGAGAAGCACCCCGAGGCGGGUCUGCAUUUUCGCGAUUCUUGGAUUUACAACCGCACGAAGGAUCAAAAGUCCCUCGCGGGGCAAUUCUUCUCGGAACUGGUGCAGCCCAAUCCUUGGUAUAAGGAUGUCGUGCCGGAUUUCAAGUCCGUUCCUGCAGACCAAUUGAGCCCCAGUAUCCAUAACGCUCAAUCGUUCACCUCGGUCUGCAUCAACGUUGCAGUGUACUUGCCGUGGCUGGUCGGCCAGUGUGUCAAGAAUGGGGCCGUCUUCAAGAGAGCCGUGCUCAAGCACAUUGCCGAUGCCGCUCUGGCACACCAUACUGGACAGAAAGCCGAUGUAGUUGUCAACUGUACUGGUCUGUCAUCCAAGUCGUUGGGCGGUGUACUCGACGACAAGCUUUAUCCUGCCCGGGGUCAGAUCGUGGUGGUGCGGAACGACCCGGGGCCCAUGGUAUCAGUGUCCGGAACCGAUGAUGGAGAUGACGAGGUGCUGUACAUCAUGACUCGAGCUGCCGGUGGUGGUACUAUUCUCGGAGGCUCAUACCAGAAGCACAACUGGGACUCUUUGCCGGACCCUAAUCUCGCCAACCGGAUCAUGAAACGGGCAAUUGCGUUUAGUCCCCAGCUUGUGGGAAAGGGACAGGGAAUUGAAGGACUAGACAUUAUUCGACACAGUGUUGGCUUGCGGCCUCUGAGAGAUGGCGGCCCUCGCAUCGAGAAGGAUAAAGUGAACGGUGUAUCCGUGGUCCAUAACUACGGCCAUGGAGGGUUCGGGUAUCAGGCGUCGUAUGGUUGCGCCGAGUCCACCGUUUCCUUGGUCAAAGAGGUCCUAGAGAACAAGUCUCGAGCCAAGCUGUGA